AUGUCAGGUUCACUAUGUCACAGAUCUCCAGGAAGGCUAUGCUUUGUUCUCCUGUGUCUCUUGUCUCUUUGGAACACAGGUGAGUCUUUCAUUAAAGGAGAGAGCAAAAAGGAAAGAAAUAUGAUGUUCGUACCUACAACAGUGUCUGGAAAUAAAGAAGUGAAGAAGGAAAAUGAUGAAGUUUUUCUUGAUGCAACAGAACUGCCUGCAAGGUCGGUCGAUCUGUCUGCACUGAACCUGACAGAACUGGUGAAUGGGAUGCUCAGUAAAGCUUUAAAAGAUAACCGGAAGUUCUUCUCCUUGCUGAGCAUUACAUCUUACAGUUCCUUUGCCUUCCACAAGUUUUCUGUGGCUAUUUAUAACAUUUCCAACCUUAAGACGGUGGAUCCGGCUAAAUUCCCCAAUCGGUACUGCUACUGUUUAAACAACAGAACCAAUGAUUUAUCAGAUUUCACGGCCCUCCUAGUGGACAUCAUUGGAAAUUCUACCAGUUAUCUCACAGAGAUUUUUAAGUCAACCUCUAUCCUUUCAGUGAGCCAGAUGGAUGAAUCUGACUGCAUCUUCAUCUGUGUGAUGACAGGAAAGGCAGGAAGGAAUAUUUCUGACUUCUGGAAGAUGGCAGAGAAAUCUCCAGUCAUUAACUACACAUUUACCAGCAGCAUGUCUGGUAUUCUGGCUCCCGAGGGAACGGACAGCACUUUGAAAAUCACUCCACAAAGCCAAGACAUACUACCAAGGACCAAUCUCCCACAUGGAAUCCAGAGCCCCAAAACAUCUACUCUAGGGACUGUUCCCUGGAUCAAGACAGCUACUCCUUCAAAAAGAGAGUGGACACUGCACACUGACCCUGCACACCUUCCUUGGAUCACUACCAUGUCCAGUAGCACCUCCCUCUGGCAACCAGCCUCAAAGGCUGUUGGUAUUACCAACUCAGGCGGCCUUUCUGAACAUCCUGCUGUGACAACAGCCAUUCCUGGCAGCCCAUCCCAGACCAGACCAGCUGUAGGAACUUUCACUGCCACCACUCAGACACCAAGUCCAACCAAGGCACCAGCCCCCAAAUCUCCACAGACAGGUUAUCUUCCUGCAGCUUGGCCCUUUACCCCUGGAAAAGAGGCAGCCCUGGCCCCAGUACCCCACCAAGUUUCACGGUGUCCUCAGCCUUUUAACAAAGAAGGAACUGCGACAGCUUUUCCUCUAACUCUGGCCAUUCAGAAGUUCAACCCCUGUAUGAUGGAACUGUGCCGUUAUUUCCAGCAAUGCCUCUGCCUGAAGCACAGGAGGAAUACCAGUAUGGAGGCCAUGAGAUACUGUCUUGAAUACUACUCCUGGUUCCUGAAGAAUGCAACACGUGUCUGUCAGAAGGUGAAAAGGGUGUCCCACUCACGCACCUUAAAACAAAAGUGCCUUGAAAAUAUCUGCAAGUCUGUUUAA